GGUGUUAAGAUUCAUUGUACCUGCAAGAGACUCUUCUUGGCUCGUGUUAAGAAACUUCAGGUGGGACAAUGGAGGUUCAUUGAGAAUGUGUCCGUAACUCCUGCAGCUGGAAAGUACCGACCGACCAGUCAUGCGUACAAGCUGACCAUCAUAAAUGUUAUUGGUCAAGCAAUAGAUAUUGGAGAUAUGCAGGUUGUGCCAGUUCAAGGUAAAGAAACAAAGAAGCUGGAACUUACUUUGACUGAUAAGAGACAAGUCCAGAUAACAAAUGCAUUUGAUACUUCAACCUUGGAGAUAAAUCCACCUGGAUUUGAUGUGCAAGAUUAUAUCAGACUGAUGCCAAAUAAUGAGCUUGCUCUCAUUACUGAUGGUCGUGAGGUUGUGAAACCCAAAGGAAACAAACGCCAACCAGAUCAGUGGUCAAUUUACCCAGAGAGAACGAUUUUGGAUAUCAUAAUGGCGACUGAGAUUGAGAAAUGCAUUGUUACAGCAACAGUUGAUGCAAUAGACACAGAUUGGGCAUGGUAUUAUUUUGGUUGUGCUAAGUGCCACUAUAAGAAGGUUACUGACAUUACUAAUAGGGAUGUGGUGCCUGUGAAACAUUUGUGGUAUUGUGAUACAUGCCAUCAGUCAGUCACCAAUGUUGCACCUAGGUUCAAAAUACACCUAUUACUAAAGGAUGACACUGGUGAAACUAAGGUGAUGUUGCUUGAUACUGUUGCUGAACCUAUUUUGGGAGUAAGUGCUGAAGUACUCUUAAAUGGUUCUCUAGAAGAGGUUGAGGAUCCUGAAGACUUGCCUGACCAAGUUACUGCUCUGAUUGGGAAAACUUUCAAAUUUGGAGUCUAUGUGAACAAAGAUAAUGUUGAUUAUGGAUCCCAUAUAUUUAAUGUUGGGAAGACUUGGUCUGCUGAUACAAUAAUAACUCGUGCGGACGAUGAGGACACCGGAGAUACAUCGACCAUAGUUUCCUCUGAUCGUUCAUCAGGACAGGUGUCUUUUGUCAGCAUUGAAUCUGAAGACAACACAUGUUUAUCUUCAACUCCACUGUCAAAACGAAAAGGAAGCAGUAAUGAAAUUGAUGACCUUUCUUCUACUUCAAAGAAACAAUGCUCUAAGAUAAUCAAGGUGGAAAAGAACACUGUGGAGAAGUGA